AAAUACAAUGAUUUCGUACGAUAAUUGGUAGUUUGAUUUCCGAUAAACUUAUAGAGAAGUGUAUAUAGUAUAAUAUUUAGUGUUUAGUUAACCUCCACACAAUUAAAUUGAAAUUAAGAAAUGAUGAAAGUUCACGUAUUUUUCGUUGCAAUUGCUGCUUCUGUAAUUUGGGCAGCUCCCACACCACAAUUACCAGGAAUGCCAGCUUUCGAAGUUCCACGGGUUCCAUUUAUGGAAAUGCCUGCCGUGCCAAUGUUUGAAAUGCCAGCCAUGCCAGAUAUGUCUGCAUUUAUGCCUCCGGGUCGCAGACAAAAUUCCAAUGUUCAAUCGAAUGUUGAUCAGUCAGGCUGGGGAAAUUCGAACGCUCAACAUGGCGUCGGUCAGUUUCGACGACAGAACUCAAACGCUCAAGAGCGUGUUUCACAAAGUGGAUGGGGCAACGUGAAUGCCCAGGAAGCUGUCGCACAACUGAGACGAGGCAAUUCUAAUGUUCAGGAUAGUGUUUCACAGAAUGGAUGGGGUAAUAGUAAUGCUCAAGAGGGCAUUGCACAACUGAGACGAGACAAUUCUAAUGUUCAGGAAAGUGUUUCGCAGAAUGGAUGGGGUAAUAGUAAUGCUCAGGAGGGCAUUGCACAAUUGAGACGAGACAAUUCUAAUGCACAAAAGGCUGUUUUGCAGCAUGGACUAAGUAAUUCGAAUAGUCAAGGACAUGUUUCUCAAUUUGGAAAAUAAAUUUUCAUUUGACACUGUUGUCAGGUACACACGGUUCACUAAUAUGAGAACUUGUGUUCCCACCCGCCGUUAUAAUAAAUAAAAUGUUUUGAUGAUUUGAACGAAA